AUGCGUCUUUCUAUCGCCACCGUUGCCUCUCUUGCCAUCGGCUGCAGUGUCAUGGCCGCCCCUCUCUCAGACGAGCGGAUACCAAUGCUGAGCGAUACCUCUGUGCUCAGUGAAAAUAUCGCCCUGGACAAGCGUCUCUCCAUCGAAGAGCAGGUCGCUAUUCUUGGCGCUGGCGCAAUGGGGCUUCUCAACGUGAAUGCAGCUGCCACCUACAUCUCAAACUUGAUCAAGCAAACAAGCGACAUGAAUAGCUGUGGCGUAAUCUCUGGUUCAGUUGACGGGGUUAACUACCAGUACCAUGCUGCAACCUCUGGCAAGAAGUGUGAUACUACGGCCGAGAUCAAGACUAUCAAGGAUGCUAUCGAAAGAGCCCUAGACUUUAUGACAAAGGGAUCCUACAACCAAGCUUGCUUCAGUCUGUCUCACGGGGGAAAAGGCAUAGACAUAAAGAACGAUGUAUGCGAAGGACUCACGUACCUUAUCCAUGUCUAG